UCACCAAAACCCCAAAUUCCUUAUCCAAAACCUGGUCAUUCUCAUCAGUGAAGUGAAAAGAGGGAGACAGAGAGAUCACCAUGGUCUAAUGGUCUUGUUUAGAACUUUAUAACUCACUUUUUAUCCUUAUAAGUUUUUUUUCUCUCUAAAUCUCAAAAAAGAUGUUAUCUGUGACAAUUCAAUCUGGUCUCAGUAGUGUUUUAACACACUCACCAUUUACUUGCCAAAACCCCAGUUGCAAGACAAUUAAAACCAGCUUUUUAAUUAAUCCUAAAUCCAAUCUAUUACUCUCACCAGCCAGUCUUCACCCAGAAAUCAAAGCCAUUUCAAGAAAUCCAAGAUUAGUUACUUCUGCAGCCCCUGAAACGCUUGCAGCUGAAAUUCCCACUGAAGCUGAAGAAACUGAAACAGAUGAAGAACCAAUCCUCAACCAAGUAACUGAGAAAAAUGAGGUGCUGGUGAAGCAAGUGGAGAAGCCAAGGUUGGUGUUAAAAUUCAUAUGGAUGGAGAAGAACAUUGGUCUGGCUCUGGAUCAGUUAAUUCCUGGACAGGGAACUGUUCCCUUGAGUCCAUAUUAUUUUUGGCCAAGAAAGGAUGCUUGGGAAGAGCUAAAGACUACUCUAGAGAGCAAGCCAUGGAUAUCCCAGAAGAAAAUGAUUAUACUCCUCAAUCAGGCUACUGAUAUCAUCAAUUUGUGGCAGCAAAGUGGUGGCAAUAUUACCACCUAAUGAAAUGAACAUUUUGGUUUAUUUUUUCUGUUAAUGUUGUAUUUAGGUGCUGGAGCUAGUUAAUUGCUUACGUCCUCGUGUACUUUUGCUCCUGAUAUAAUAUAUUGAAGGAUGUAUUAUGUUCAUUGAUAGAGGUUUUUUGAUUUGAUGGUUUCUGUAGUUGGCUAUGGUUCAAUACAAAUGAAUUAUCAAUUGGUAAUAUAUUAGUUUCA